GUGCAAUCAUGCUUCAUUCGUCUCCCAAAAACCCCAAAAUCACCCCAUCUCCACUUCGCACUCUCUCCAACUUCACCGAUGUCCAACUCCUCCCCCUACUCCUCUCUCCUCUCCAAACUUCGCCUCCCCCAACCCCAACUCUCCCGCCAAGCAGUGACCUACCUUUUCAAAACCCUAACCCCCAACCUCUCCUCCGCUGCCGCUCGCGACGCCAUCUCCCAAUGCCUGCGCGAGCUCUGCCGCCUCUUCAGUCUAGGGCUCGUCGAUCGCUCUGUCGCGCUUUUGGAGAUCCAGUCGGCGCUGGAGGGGUGCGAUGCGAGGUUCGUCGGGGUUCUAGUGAAGGGGCUAGGGUUUUUGUGUCGGUUUGGGUUUGGGACGGAUGGAGAGUGGAGGAUGAGGAGGUUUGAUACGGUGGAGCUCCAUCCUUUUGUUAAGGUACUUGCCUGUAGGGAGGAGGUGCAGGCUGAACUUAUCCAGCAAGUGCUAUUGUUUAUUGCUCACAACAGGACUGUUGGAAUGGAGGCUGUUACAUGGUUCUUGAGGCCAUUUUUAAUGUUCUCAGUAAUCCACAAGCCUUCUCAAUCAUCUUCAUCAUUUGCAAGGGACUUGAUAUCGGCAGUUGCGUCUUUGUGUUGUUCUUUUCCAUCUGAAGCUAUCAGCAUUAUCAAGCUUCUUACUGAAUGUCUUAGAUUCUUUCCCUGCACAAAUGUGAUGGAAUUCAAGCACCUUAUUAAUUCUGCUGAAUAUGUGGUGGAUGCUUAUGUGGGGGUCUUGAAUGAAAUUGUUGGUGCCAAGGAGCAGCAAUCGACGAGUACUAUUCAAGUAUGUGGUGUAGAGAUUGUGGAUGCUCUCCUUUCACUGAGUGGAUGUACUCACAGACCUUAUGGUGAUGUUGAGUUCAUGGUUGAACAGUCUAAGCGUUUGUUGAUAGCUCAGAAGGAGCUUGGCUUGCUCCAUCUACCAGAGUUUGCCAUGAUUAUGGUCUCUAUUCCUCUCAUUCUCGCCCAGUUGGAGUUUGAACAUGAGUACUUGUCUAUUCUGAAGCUUUUGAUUUUCAUAUUUGAGUGGAGGGCUGAAACUGAGCGUAACUCAAAAGGAACAGCAUGCUGCCUGUGUGAGGAGCUUUUGUAUAUCUUCCCUGCUGUCAGCCUUUUGUCAUCUCCUUCUAAAUCUGUUAAAGCGGCUGCUGCUUGUUUGCUAUCAACUGUAGAUAGACUUGUUUCAGACUUGUUGAACGUUCCCAGGAUGACAGUGGUUUCUAACCAUAAAUUUCUGUGUGUUAAUAAGCCAAAAUCUAUUCAUUUUAGGCUUCUGAAUCAUCUUUGGCUCCAGGAGCAAUCUCAUUUUCCACAUUCCACUUACCUGGGACUUGCGUGCGGUGUUGUCUAUGAGUUUGAUAAGACUUCUAGUGAACCAAACUACUGGACUUGUCAACUAAGAAUGUACUUACAAACUGCUGAAAAGUUGAAAGAUGCAUCAUUCAGCCAAUCAUCAGAAGAUCUGGUUGCAGGUUUAAUCAGAACAUAUUUUUUACUCAGUUCGAUUGCAUCUGUUUUACUUAUGCAUCCUAUGCUCGGAUCCUCUGCUGUUGAUGUAUUGGCUACGAUUGGUUUAGUUGACUCCAGAUUGUGUAUAUCUUUGUUGCAAGCACUUCUUUACUAUAAUAAAAUGCUAUGCAGCCAUGGAAGUAACUCACCUGAAUUAUUGCUCAGACUGUUUGAAAUGCUUCCAUCACUAGCAGCACAUUCUGUUAUGGUUCCACUUAUUUUACAGACAGUGUUGCCUAUGCUCCAAAAGGGUGUAAAACCAGUGUUAUAUGCUGCAGCUACUCGUUUGCUUUGUAAGACAUGGAUUACUACAGGUCAGGCGUUUGGAACAUUGCAAGAAAUCUUGGAUCCGAAAGCGCUGUCUGACUUCAUCUCUGAUAGACAUAUUUGUAUUAGUAUUGCUGGUUCAAUACGCGAUGUCUGCAGACACAAUCCUGAUAGGGGUGUUGACCUCAUAUUAUCUGUGUCGUCAUGUAUUGAGAGUCGAGAUUCUACUGUGCGAGCUCUUGGUUUUGAAAGCCUUGCCCAUCUCUGUGAAGCAGAUGUAGUUGAUUUUUACACUGCUUGGGAUGUUAUUGCAAGAUAUUCGAUAGAUUACUCUAAUGACCCUAUCGUUGCUCAUGGCUUAUGCACUCUACUAAGAUGGGGCGCGAUGGAUGUGGCAGCUUAUCCAGAAAGCUCGAAGACUGUUACAAAAAUUUUAUGGGAUGUCGCAAUAUCUAAAAAUAGGCAUUCUGCUUCAUCUUGGGUGAAAGCACGUGCGUCUGCCUUCAAGGCCUUGUCCCAGUAUGAGGUAGAGUAUCUUCAGGACACAUUUCCUGAUUUCAGGCAAACCAAUUUGCGGUGUCUUGUUGAUGAAGAUGAUACAAAAGUACUCAUGGCAAUGGAGGAACUCGAAAUCAAGAUUAUCAACUUUGACCACCUAAAUAGGCGUAGAGUUCAUACACAGAAAAGAGCCAUGGUGAACAAGGUUGAAAAAUUACUGGAUGUCCUUCCUCAAGUUAUCUUUUCUCAAGGGAGCUACAGACUUGAUGCUAGACCUGGGGCAGCCUUGUUGUCUCUUGUAUUUACUCCUAAAGACUUGCAGGGAAAAUCAAAGGCCUUGGCUAAAAUCCAUUCUGCAUAUGAAAAGGCACUACUGGAAAUUUCUGAAUCUCUUCAUGUAUCAAGAAAUAUUAUAUUUGCCCUUCUUGCAUUGCAAUCAUGGAAGACAUUCAUUUGCCGAUGGAUAAGGGAAGUGAUCAUGCAUGAUGAUUCUAAGGGAUCACGUGAUGUAUCAGAUAAACACUCCAAGGCUGCCCAUGACAUCUUUAAGAUCUUGUGCAAGGCUGCAGCGGAAGCUAUUCCACGAGUUGCUGUGAAUAUUGCUUUAGCAAUAGGUGCACUUUGCACGGUCGUACCUUCAACAACCCAUUCAGUUACCUCUGCUGCAUCAGACUUACUUCUGAAAUGGUUGGUUGAGCAUGAACACGAACAUCAGCAGUGGUCAGCUGCUAUCUCAUUGGGACUGGUUUACAACUGUUUGCAUGCAACUGACAGAGCACAUAAAUCUCGAAUUAUUACUGAACUUCUUAAGGCAGUCAAUAACUGCAAAAGCUAUCUUGUUAAAGGAGCCUGUGGAGUGGGAUUGGGAUUUGCUUGUCAAGAUCUUCUCACCAGGAUAGAAGUGGAUAAUCCCAGUCCUGAAGGAAGUACUGCCAGGUUAGCGGAAACGAUGUUGCUUCACAAAACAAUUAGAACUUUGUCAACAGCAUUGAGCCAGAUUUGUCCCUCUGCAUCUGAUUCCCUGAGUACUCUCUGUGAGAAUUUUUUAACAGGUCGAGAAGAUCCAUUAAGUGCAGAUUUUCUCGACUUGCCUCAUGGAAACAUUAAUAACGUGGAGGAAGAUGCGUGGGGUAUUGCAGGACUUGUCCUUGGUAUAGGAAAUUCUGUUGUUGCAAUAUACAGGUCUGGAGCAUAUGAUGCUGUACUCAAAAUAAAAGAAAUGCUUAUUUCAUGGGUUCCUCAGGUUGAUUCGUCUGCUCAAGGUUCCGUCUUUUGUAGAGAAAUGACUGAGGUACCCUUAGCAAUGGGCUCAUGUCUUGUACUACCCACUGUUAUGGCAUUUUGCCAGAGAACUGAACUCAUUGACAAUGACUCUGAUCUCAUCUAUCGUUAUGGUUCACUACUUUCUGCUCUUCGAUGUUCGAAGAAAUCUGGAACUUUGUAUCAGAAUUUAAUGAUGGCAUCUUGUGUUGGAGCUGGAUCCUUUGUCUCAUGCAUCUUGAGUGAUGGAACACAAUCUAUGAGAUUCGGUGAGGUAAAAUGUCUGCUGGAAAUGUUUAGAGAUGCAUACACUAACUUGUCCCCUCCUUAUGUCCAGUUCGGGGGGAUGCUUGGUGUGGUUAAUGUAUUUGGCGCUGGUGCUGGUGAUCUUACUCAUGUAUAUGCUAAGACGCCUUUCCAGCAUAAUAUUAAGGAUUCAACCUUUAUCAUGGGCUCAUUACUUUCAAGCCCUAUCUGUGAGUCCCUUUCAACAUCAACCAUUCAGGAACUUUUUCUGCUGGCAAAGGAAUCUAAAGAUCAGCAGAUAAAAGAGUACUCAGCAUGGGCUGUUUCAUUUCUCAGAGAAAAAUGUUGGUCAAAGGAGCUUCAGAAUAUUAACCCACAAGGUAGUGUUAAUGAUACUGCUUUGCCAUCUCAAAAUUUUGCUGAGGACAGCUUAGUUUUUAAACUGUGCCUGUGGCUCAGGGAUACUGAUUUUAAUAAGCCGGAUAAGGUCUUACGUGCAACUACAGUUUCAAGCAUUUUAAAGUGCCUUUCAAAAGCUCCAAGGUUGCCUGCUUUAGAUUGGGGAUCCAUUAUCAGAAGCUGCAUGCAAUAUGGAGCCAAAUGUUCUCUUGGUACAGAGCAGUCUGCCAAAUUGCUUCGAGAGGAAUGUAUAUGUUUUUCUUUGACUCAUGCAAAUGGUGUCAGUUCCCUCCUCGUCUUUGUGGAUGAGCUCACUGACCUAUCCAGGUUCAGGACUCUGGAGCUGAAUUUGCAAUGUACAUUGUUACACCAUUUACCGGACCUACUUAAGAUAUUUUCUGGUUCAAAGCUGGAUAAACUCUCAGAAGAGUUAGUUGCAUACUUCAGUUCCUCAGGUGGUUUGUACUUGAAUUUUGACCUAGAUCAGAGAACCUUAUUGCGAGUUUCAUUCUGGAAAGGUCUACGUAAAUGCCUCGAUGGAAAGUUUAAAGAGUCGCUUUAUACACCAAAUAUAGAAAAAUGCAUGGAGUGUUUGUUCACCAUUUUACCUGUGUUGAUAUAUGAUGCCAAACCAGAAGCAUGGGUGGCUGUUGCUAUGGAGGAGUGGUCAGAGGCUAUAAAAUGCCUCUCUAAGGCUUCACAGGAUUGGCUGAUGGACAUUCUGCAGGUUCCGGAUAUUGAUAAGAUCCAUGGAGGAAUCCUUGUCGAUGAAGUAGCAAAGAGAAUUUCAGCCAGAGCAAGGCUGGUUAGGGUUGGUUGCAUUCCCAACUCUGAGCUUCAUAAGAUAAAAGCUUACUUAUUGAAUACAAGUUUAGAAGGUGCCUGGUGGACUGCUCUCAUGGAUGUUGCUGCUGCCGUCUCCACUGCAGAAGGAAACACCAAAGUUCACUGGCUUCUUAAUGCAUUAGAGAUCAGUUGCAUGGCAGAAUAUCCUUCUACGGCACUGCGAUUUGUAGGGCUACUAUCUGGUAUCUGUUGCAAAUACAUGCCACUUCUUAUAGUCGAUCAAGAUACAGUUUUGAGUGAUUUGCCCACCACUCUGCCUUGUCUCCUUGCUGAGACAAGCUGGAGACGUGUAGCAGAACCUGCAGCAGACAAACUAUGGAUAUCAACAGAGCGUAUCUGCGUGUGGGCAGCACAUCUAGCUGGUAAUGAGGACAGUUUAACUAGCAAAGGUGGCAUCAGAGAUGAUGAAGCUCUCAAGUCUACUUUGGCUCGCUCAGUUUAUGAGACCUGCGUUGCUUUGAGAGAUUAUCUCCCUGUACAGAAGCAGUUGAGGCUUGUGAAUCUUCAAGUUUCACAAUUGUGGAAAUCCUAGUUCAUUGAUAUUUGUAGUAUUAUAGUCUGUCUGAUGGGGUUCUGUAAUUUGAAUUAUGAUCAUGUUCUCAGGUAUGUUUCACCCUGUGUUUUAUGUGAAAUUCUGGCCUUGGAAUGUUGGAUUAGGUUGGGUCGAGUCGAAAUGGAGGAAAAAUAUAUAUCAGGGUUCUAAGAAUAUAGAUAGAUGUGCACACAUUUCACACUUUGACCUGGUUGCCAGCUUAUAGUGCUUUCCACUUUUUCCAUGACAUGUUUGGCUGAGCCAUUAAUUUUUGA